GGACUUAUGGGUGGAAAGAAAGCUGAGAGAGAGGACAAGUCCCUUCAGCGGUUGAGCAGUGUCUAUCCGGCCGCCUUGCUGUGUACACCUCCGACACCCCUCCCCCCCCCACAUCACGAUUCGAGCACAGAGCGUGCGCCUGCUUUCCACCCGCGAGCACCCCUUCUAACGUUCGGCAAGAUUUCCUUCCUCGAGGACUUAGAUUUGGAGGAGUCAGACAGCGAAGACACGAUGGGAAGCGGAGCGAGCGCCGAAGACAAGAAGUCCAAAGAGCUGGAGAAGCAGCUGCAGCAGGAUGCCGACAAGGACUCCAAGACGGUCAAGCUGCUGCUGCUGGGGGCUGGUGAAUCAGGAAAGAGCACCAUCGUAAAGCAGAUGAAAAUUCUGCAUCAGGGAGGUUACACGAAAGAAGAGCAGAUAGCGUUCAAGGCCGUCAUCUUUGGAAACAUCCUUCAGUCUGCACUGGCCAUCAUCAGAGGAAUGCAGCUGCUGGGCAUUAACUAUGGAUCCUCAUCUGGUUCGGAUGACGGACAGAAGCUGCAGAACCUGGCAGACUCCAUUGAGGAGGGCACCAUGCCUAGUGAGCUGGCAGACGUCAUCAAGAGGCUGUGGAGGGACUCCGGGGUCCAAGCUGCCUUCGACAGGGCUGCGGAGUACCAGCUCAACGACUCUGCUUCUUACUACCUUAAUGAGCUGGACAGGAUCACCCAUUCGGACUAUUUGCCCACUGAACAGGAUGUGCUGCGCUCUCGAGUCAAGACCACCGGUAUCAUCGAGGAGCAGUUCUCCUGCAAGGAGCUCUACUUCAGGAUGUUCGACGUGGGCGGACAGAGGUCCGAGCGGAAGAAGUGGAUCCACUGCUUCGAAGGCGUGACCUGCAUCAUCUUCUGCGGUGCGCUCAGCGCCUACGACAUGGUGCUGGUCGAGGACGACGAAGUGAACCGCAUGCACGAGAGUCUCCAUCUCUUCAACAGCAUCUGCAACCACAGGUUCUUCGCCACCACCUCCAUUGUGCUCUUCCUCAACAAAAAGGACCUCUUCCAGGAGAAGAUCAAGAAGGUCCACCUCAGCAUCUGCUUCCCGGACUACGAUGGUCCCAACACGUACGAAGACGCGAGCACCUACAUCAAGAAGCAGUUUGAGGACCUGAACAUGAAGAAGGGGGUGAAAGAGAUCUACUCCCACAUGACCUGCGCCACAGACACACAGAACGUCCAGAUCGUGUUCAACGCUGUCACGGACAUCAUCAUCAAGGAGAACCUCAAAGACUGCGGUCUGUUCUAAGCGGUGCUACAAACACAGCGCUUCCCUUUCUCCCUCUCUUCCAUACCUGAUCGGUUCAUCGGCUUCCCUUCCAAACUGCUCCGUCAGAACGGCGACCCCCAGAACGUUCCACCUCCCCGCAGCCGUCCGUCUCCAUGACGAGCAGAGGCAAACGCAGGGAUUCGCCUAGUCUGCAACACCACAGCCGCCGCCGCCGCCGCCGUCGUCGUCACCAGAGGUCCCCCAAUUCAGAGGAACACACACUAGUGACGCGCACCAAAUUACAAAAGCAACCAGGUUAACGCGGCAACGCGUCCCGUCGAGAUCAAAGCGUUUGACAGCCGCGCGCGGUACCUGACGCAGGAGCUGUCCGUAGUGAAGGGGAGCGGCUACCUCUAGCGGAACAUUUGCCCUCAUUGAUAAACUGUGCAGAUUCCUUUGUUUGCCAUUCCUAUAUGCAAAAUACUGAACAGAUCAGCAUGACACUUGCAAGCUCUCCUUCCCCCUGCAUUUUAAUGUUUUUAUCUAGUAUCUAGCAUCUCAAACUCUGAAAUCAUAAUUAUGUAUAAAAAAAAGUUUAACGAUUUGUACUGCAGAUACUGUGCAGUACAGUAUCCUUAUUGCAAAAUGAGAUCUUUACUUUGAUGUAAUCAGUCCAUUAAUUUAAGUAUGCAAGGUUAUUACAUUUUAUGUGAGAAGGAAUUCAAAAUACAUAGAAAUGAAUUGUAAUACAUUUCUACAUAAAGAUAGACACAAUUUCUGUAUAUGCUAAAAUAAAUAUUUUAAAUAUUCAAAGAAAGUGAACCUGUAGAGAAUAAUUUUAUUUUGAUGCCUGAAGUCUAUAUCAGUAACUCCAUUCUGACCUGUAAUGUAAAGAUGAGAAAUAAAGACGUGUUAGCUCUUCA